AUGGCAGGUGAUUAUUCUAAGAACGUCUCUUCCAACGGUUUCCUCUCCCUUCCCAUCGAAUCUAAAGCUUCAAAUUCAAAGCAUAGUCGAUCUAUUUCAGACGCCGGCUCCGGACAAUCCACGAGGUCCAGCCUGUCCAGAAUUACAUAUGUUGAGGAAGAUGCACAUAUAGCAGUAUCUCCAGACCCAGAGGAUUCCGAUAGCAUCGUCCCAGCAAAUUACACCUGCUUGGAUCGUCUGGUCGUAUUUAUUCGCAUCUUGUUCUGUCUUCCAAUUCCGAUGAUGAUGAAAAAGAAAAGAUCUCCAAGGCCUAUCGAGGCGGAAUUAUUCGAUAAGGAGAGCUCUCCAUGGGUACUCCCCGUGUUUGUGCUAUCAACGCGCAGGGAUUCGGACAAACAGCCAGUACCAAAACGCGCGAAGUGUACCAUCGAUACCGGUAAUAUGCAAGGGAAUAUUGUGUCGAGGGAUUUCGUCGAAAACGUCCUGGAGUAUUCGGAAGCAAACUUUGUUCGUUUGACAGCAGAGGAAAGGGAGGGCGGCUUUGGUAUAACAGGGGACAAACUUGUGCCGGAAGGAGCCAUUUAUUUGACCUGGUAUCAUAGCAAAAGCACUCGGGUUUUCCAUCGCAUGAGAUUUCUAAUCUCGCCAUAUUCCCAAUGUGACCUUAUCAUCGGAGCUCGAUCCAUACUCAAGGACAAUCUGCUUGGUGUUCCCAACCUGCUGGCAACAGUCUCCACUAGGGUCGCAAACACAGAAGAUCUCGAAACGGACAAAGAAGAGCAAGAGCUAGAAAAGGCUUUCCUUAAAUGGAAGGACAGCUACGAAGAGAAAGAAGUCGAGCUAAUAGAAGCGGGAGAGGAUAUAGAUAACAACAAGGAAUUGAAGAAGAUCGGAGAAGCCCGUGAUAUCGCCAAGAAAUUUCACCUAAUCAGAGAGGCAGAACUGAAAAAGGAACAAAAGCUAGUAAUUCAAUUGAAAAAAGAGCUGGAGACGCUACCAGGCUAUGAGAGUUAUGUGGUCCUCUCUAAGUUACAUACUACAUCCACUGGUCUAGAACCAAAGAGUGGUGCAGGUGCAGUUCAACGUGCCGCCAAGAAAGCAGAUGGAACAUCUCCGUCUAAGGGAUAA